AUGACUGGUGGUAGUGCAGAAGUUUCGAAGAAAAUUCGAGCUGCCAUAAAAGCUAAACUAGAAGAGCUAGGUGUAUAUGUAGAUGAAGAAUUACCGGACUAUAUAAUGGUGAUGAUUGCAAAUAAAAAGGAGAAAACACAAAUGAAGGAAGAUUUGUUACUUUUUCUGGGCAAAAAUUCGGAAAGAUUUGUAGAAUGGCUUUUUGACAUUUUUGAACGUUUACAAUCUGCCACUGUUCUGAAUGCUGUCCAAGAAUCAAGUGAUAGCAAACGGAAAGAUAACGAAAGCAGCGGUCAUCGAAGAGAGCUGGAAAAUUCCAAUAAACGAGAAAAAGAAAAAGCAGUGGACAGAAAGAAGAAACAAGAAAGUUCCAGUUCGAGAAAUACAUUAAAGGAACAUGAAAAAAAAGAAAAAGAAAAGCAGCGUGGAAUGAAAGAAUCUGAAAGAAAAGAAAACGAAAAGCGCACUGGCGUUGCAAAGGUAGUAAAGUCGAAGCCAUCACGUAAAGCAAAGUCGCCUGUUUUGUCUCUAGAAAAGACACACCGUCGGAAAAAACCGGAAAGUCCAGAACGUCGAGCGGCUGCACGUUUUGGAAUGAGACGGGAUGAUAGUGCAAGAAAUGACCGAAAAUUUGUGCAAAUGAGAUCAGAUGGUAGGGUAGAAAGGGAGGCAAGAGAAGAUGCAAAAUAUUCUAAAAGAAGAAAUGAUGAAGAGGAGAAACGAGCCAGAAAGGAUAUUUACGCAAGCAAAAUAUCAGGUGAUUCGGGACAAGAUGCUUUACUACAACGAAAGCGAAAGGCGCAUUCCCGUUCACCAAUAUUAGAGGAAGAUAUUGACGAAGAGGAACGGAUUGCUGCGGAAGAGUCGGCACGCAUUUUGAGAAGCAAAAAGGUACAGUCAUCUGCCGUCGUUAAAUUACCACCAGAGCCAACUGUAAAAUCGGUGUCUUCUCAAGUGGUUGUGAAGCGAAAACUUCCUGAAAAAGAAGUAACGACUAAACAAUCUCGUGGCGUGAAGUCGCUAUUCUUGAAAGCGAUUAAGGAAGCAGGCGAAACAACAAGAGCAGCAAGCCAAAUUGCUGGUUAUGGUAGUGGAUUAACAGUGAAAAAGGAGAAAGAAAUAGCUGAUCAUGGAAAACACAAACAGAACGAUGUGAAUGUUAUGGAUGAGGAAGAGGGUAUUGAAAUCGAUGUUUAUGAUGAUAUUGGUGAUGCUUUGGUUGUUAUGCCGGAUGAAUCAAAUAGUGGAAAUGGUAACAGUCGUUCAAUCGUGCAGACAGUUGAUGAAUCCAAUUUAAGUGAACCAGAAGUAGAAAGAAAACGCAUGCGAACAUAUGGACCAAGCUCUAUAGAAGAACCAAAGUUUUACAUAACUUUAAAAGGCGAUUCAAUCAGCGGUUUGGCUAAACGACUUACAAAAAUUGGUGAAGGAAAUGUUGAAAUUGUUAGCAAAAAGAAGGCAAAAAGGCGUAAGAAUGAAACUAAUCCAAUUUUGGCACAUCUGAAUUUGUCACAACCAAGACAGGUAAAAAGAGAAGCGUCUCAUGAGAAAUCAACUGCCAACAGUACGGAAAAUGAAACAUGCGUGGUAGCACAUUCUAAUGAGGUUUCCAAUAAUUCGAAACCUUUACCCGCUUGGGAUUUGCAAAUACAGCUGCCAGAAGAUGAUACCAGUGAUGACGGUGAUGACGAUGGUGAUGACGAAGCGCAAAUUGAUGCUGUUCUUGCCAGUGCUCAGACUGUUGGUCAAGGUUUUGAUGAGGUACCCCCAACUCCCAUCCUGUCGAGUCCGCUAUUUCGUCCACAGACCCCUCCACCUCAACUUUUCUACAGUACACCACGACAAAAUGUAUUUGCUGCUAGUAGACAGAUAUCAAAUUCAUCAGUAGUUUCAUCAACAGGAGGUGAAAAGCUAAUGGAACGUUGUAAAUUUUGGCCGAAUUGUUCUCUUCAAAAUUGUGUAUAUAUUCACCCGAGUAAGCCUUGCAGCAAUUUUCCGAACUGUUCGUUUGGUGACCGAUGUAUUUACAUCCAUCCGCAAUGCAAAUUCGGUCGUAUGUGUUUGAAUCCCAACUGUGUUUAUGCACACAUUUUGAAGUCAACGACAGCAGCAACAGCAGCUCCAUCAGCUGAGGUGGGAGCACAGGCAUCGCUAAGCUCAGUUACGUCUGCUGCUUCGUACGCUUUGAACAUUCCAUGUAAAUAUGGUGGGAAAUGCGCGAAUGCCAGCUGUAGCUUCAAACAUCCUAAGCUUUGUCGUUUUGGCGAUCGUUGUACGAAUCGUGCCUGUUAUUUCUGGCAUCCUAAGGCUAGUGCUGUUGCACUUCUUAGUGCAACAGGUGCGAAAUAUCGGUGGAAAGCACCAAGCGUAGCGGCAACAUGA